CGGGCGCGGUUUGUGCAGUAGUUCAAGCUGGCGGGCUGGUGACAGGUUACGGGGUGCCUGGUCGCCAGUGGGUGGAGGUGUUCCCUGCCACAGUCUACCCGUGAACACAGCAUAUUCAAGUGCAUCUCGACAUUACACUGCCGGGAUGGGGACUUCCGCUGUGAGCGGGGGCAGCUACUGGCACCAGCCGGGCGAGCAGCCGCUGAAGUACAUGACCCUGGGAGAGCUGACGGCCAGGGCCGCCGAGGACUUCGGCGACCGGGAGGCCGUGGUGUGCGUGCAGUCCGGGGUGCGGCUCACCUUCGAGGAUCUGCUGCAGCAGUCUGACCGGCUGGCUGCGGGAUUCCUGCGCCUCGGCCUGCGGCGUGGCGACCGGGUGGCCAUCUGGGCGGGCAACUCGUGGCGCUGGGUGGUCUCCAAGCUGGCCGUGGCGCGCGCGGGGCUGGUCUCGGUCGACCUGAACCCCCAGUACCGGGAGGCGGAGCUGGCGCACUGCCUGCACCUGACGCGGGUGUCCGCCGUGUUGGUGGGCGACAGGUACCGGGGCCAUCGCCUUCACGACGUCCUGGGCGCCGUGGUGCCGACCCUCCACGACGGCGACGGGCGGCUGGAGUGCAAGGCGCUGCCGGACCUCAAGGCCGUCAUCUCCAUAGACGACACGCCGACCCCCGGCACGCUGCUCUUCUCCGACGUGCUGUCGCUGCCGGCGCCCGCCCUGGUCCGCCAGGUGCCGCAGGACCAGUGGCGGACGAGCCCGGACGACGUGUGCUGCAUCCAGAUGUCGUCGGGGACCACGGGCAAGCCCAAGGCCAUCCUGCUCUCGCACCACGGGGUGGUCAACAACUCGCUGCGGGUCGGGGUGCGGCUGGCACUGCACGAGAAGCCGCACCGUGUGUGCCUGCAGGUGCCGCUGUUCCACGCCUUCGGCACUGUGCUGGCGCUCAUGCCCGCGCUGCACUUCGGCGCCACCACCGUGCUGCCCUCGCUGACGUUCAGCGCGGCGCAGUCGGUGCGCGCCGUGCGCCGCGAGCGCUGCUCCAUGCUCAUGGGCACGCCCACCAUGUACGUGGACCUGGUGGGCGCGACGGAUGGCGCCACCCUGGACGCUGAGGCCGCCCUGGUCGCCGGCGCGCCCAUCACCCCGCACCUCGCCAAGCAGAUGAGCAGCGUCCUGGGCGUGCAGAGGAUAUGCAACGGCUACGGGUUGUCCGAGACCUCGGGGCUCGUCUUCCAGGGCCGGCCGGACGACUCGGUCCAGCGCAUGGCGGACACCGUGGGGUUCGUCUCCGACCACGUGGAGGUGAAGGUCGUGGACGAGGACGGCGACAUGGUGCCGUUCGGGGAGCCGGGGGAGCUGCUGACGCGCGGCUUCCACGUCAUGAAGGGCUACUUCAACGACCCGGAGGCGACGGCGAACGCCGUGUCCGAGGACGGCUGGUUCCGGACGGGGUAAGAUAGAGAGGACACGCGAGCAGGCAUGUAGGCAAGGCGCCCCCGAGAACUACAACUCGUACGUCCACUUUGCUUUUGAGAAGAAAAUGAACUUGUAACGUCAGGGUGGCUACGCAACCUGGAAGUCAGGGAAGUCAGGGAAAAGUCAGGGAAAAUCGAACGUUGGUCAGGGAAAAUGACUGAAUCUUGCCCCAAAUUGUUGUUUUCAAACUUUCGGUGGCAUUUUCAAUUUUUUGAGAGGCAAAGGUUCCACUUCAAACACCUUUAAAAGUCAGGGAAUUUGCGUUAAAAGUCAGGGAAAGGUCAGGGAAAAGUCAGGGAAUUUGAAAUCUCCGAUUGCGUGGCCACCCUGAACGUGUUCUCACAACAAGCACAAUAUGAUUUUAAUAGGGCAUUUCAGAGCUGGUCGGAAAGAGGUAAAAUGGA